AUGAGUAGUCAUGUUUUUGCCUUCACUUUCCUCGCAAGACGUCAUCAGCCGACCGGCUUUCAGUGGCUCCGCCGAGGUCGUGAGAGUCAUGGUCAUGUUGAAGAGCUACGCGAAGGAAAUGCUGUGCUCCUCUUAAACUGCGCCAGAAGAUGGCCCGUACCGAUCGGCUUCGCGACAGCGGACAAAAGGGUGCAUGAGAAGCGAGAGGCAGUGGUCGGGCCCAGUCGAGGUACGUGUCCGACGAGGCAGAUGGACAAAGUGCACCGAGGCACAAAAUGGUGGAGGCAGAGAGGCAGUCAAAAAGUAGAUAAGAGAAUGCGUUGUUGGCGUUUAGCGACAGUCUUCUCUGUUCUCCACCGCUCAGUUGCCGGCUUGGGGCUGGGGCUUGUGCCAGCCUUCAUUUGGCCACAUCAAAAGCACCUGCUUCUAGAACGCCGUCCCAGUUCUCGGUCUUUCUCCACGCGACGACGCGCCAAGUUUCCACUACCUCAGCCAGUCAUGAAUGCUGUCCUGGGCUCGAGUCCCGUCAGGAUACGAGGAGGAGCCGCUCGACGCGGAUUGGCUCUUGAGGUGUCAGCGAUGAAUCCAAAAGACUCUUUUAUCUCAGUCGCGACUCUCAGCCGGUCGCUGCUCCAUCUGGUAGUCUCCAAUACUACUCACAUCGCAAUUAAGUAA